AUGCCAUGGCCCUGGAUGCAUAUCUUGACGGAAGAAGGGUUGGAGCAAGUGAAGCAGAGCAAGUACCAGGCCCCUCAUGUAACUUUCAUGGAAAGGCGCCUCAACCCAUGGUGGGAGAGAGCCGUACAGAUGCUACCCAUGUGGCUGGCACCGAACUUGAUUUCGCUCCUGGGCUUCAUCCCUUUGCCUGUACUUUACAUCGCAAUCUGGUACCAGAAUCCUUCGUUCGAUGAAGCCGCGCCACGCUGGCUGUCCUUCGCUGCUGCUGUGGUUGUCUUUUGGCACCAGACGCUGGACAAUAUGGAUGGAAAACAGGCCAGGCGGACGGGCUCCUCGUCACCCAUGGGCUGCAUUAUCGAUCACUAUUGCGACAUCCUCGGAUUUCUGCCUCAGAUUGCCGUGUGGGCCAUGCUCUGUGCUCCAGGCGGCUACAUUCAACUUGUACACGUUGUCGGGCAGAUCUCGUACUUUGCUGCAGUUCUGGCUAUGUACCACACCGGUGUUUGCCCAGUCGGUGCCGGCGACUUUGGCAUUGUGGAGAUGCAGACCAUCACUUAUUUCGGCCUUCUUCUAAGCGGCUGUGUGGGCCCGGACACAUGGCAAAUGUGGAUGACCACAGAGGUGUCUUUGCCGAAACUUCCUGCGUGGGCAUCAGUGAAGCUUGGCACCUUGAUCAUCUUUGCCUCCACGCUUGGUUGGAUCGGCUGCAUUGCUGAGAUGUUGAGCGAUGUCGUGGCCCACGUGCGCUCCAAGGAGAAGAGCGUUCUCCUCAUUUUGGAGGACAUGCUCUCUUUGAUCUUCAUGUGCGUGGCAUCUUUCUUGUGGGAGCCAGCGUUGGCAGAAUCAAAUCCAUGGGCAGUUAGUCUACUUAGCGGCUUGUCAAUGGCUCAGAUCACUUUGCAGAUGCUGCUUUGCAGCAUUGCCAAAAUGAAAUAUGUGAAGCUGCAGCCGUGUGUCCUUCCCUUCGUUGUUCUCGUGAUUGGAUCUUGGUGCAUGCCCCUUCAGUGGACCAAAAAUGCGGUGCUUGUCUACACAGCUGCCCUUGGCGGUUGGCUGCUACUCUGGCUGCUAUCCGUCAUCCACCAGCUCAAGGAUAAGCUUGAGAUCUAUGUCUUCUCGCUGGCGCGCAAGAACACACAGAGUUCGGACUGA